GGUAACGAUAUGUAUGCUUGACGUUGCGUUCUACCGCUUAUGAUCAGUUUUAUAUGGGGAGAUGAGACCCGUUUGAGACAUAUAAUAGUGACAAAUGACAUCGACAGAACAGGAGGAGCGAUUGACGUCUCCGGGGCAGGAUUAUAAGGAAGUGGAAUUCAUAGAUCCGCGGGUACAGUUUGAACUGGAACGUUUGAACACUGCAACAGACUUAAUAAAUAAGUUGGAAAUUGAGCUUGACGAAGCCCGAUCCAACUUUCGCCUGCUUCUUACAGAGUCAUCCCAGAAGAUUAAUCAGCUAGCCAAAAAAUUGGGCAGUCAUGUUGACAAGGCCCGACCGUAUUACGACGCACGCAUGCGAGUUAAAGAGCUGCAGGGAAGCGUGGAGAAGUCAGCCCAGCACUAUGAAAGGGCCAGCCUUGCCCACUGCGCAGCCAGAGACAUGGUGGCCAUGGCUGAGGAUGGGCUGCGGCGGCGUUCCUGUGACCCCGUCUUCCAGGACAUGCUGAAUAGGGCCACUCUUAGGGUGAAUGAGGCAGAACGUGAACGCGUCCUGAGUCGAACGGAGCACCAGCGUCUGUCUCGAGAGUGUUCCGAGGAGGAACAGCGUGUGGCCGACAUGCAGGCAGCCCUGCGCAAGUCCAUUGCCAAAGCAAGUUUAUCGGCGCGCAGAAGCAUGCUUCAGAUUAAUGCUAUAGCCAAUCAGCACGAACUUCAGUUGCUGCCAUACUUUGAACUGAAAUCACGAUUGAAUGAAGCGCUAGAGGAACAGAAAAAGCGGGUAUUUCAAAUUGAAGAGGACGUGAUGAGAGUGAAGUUCUCUUACGCUGAAGCUCUACACAACCUCGAGGAAAUCAGCGACGAAAUGCAUAAUAGCAGGCAAGUGGUGCAAACCCCGCAGGGAGAUGUCCCCACACGUCUAGUCAAGUCAUCCAGCUUAUCCAGUUCAGAGAUGCUUAAGAUCUACGAAGACAUCUGUCAAGAUGACACCUACAUGAAGCUUCCAGCCGAACUGGCUUCUUCCUCGUGGAAACUCAGACGAGCGUUUUCGGAGGACAACCAUUCAUCAUCAUGUGCUCAGAGCCAUGCGGAGCCAUUUCGCAGCCGUGUGUCUUCCCUGGUUGGUCGAGUUUUCCGGCAGCAGAGCACGCUGGUGGGGUCGCACGGAGAAGGGAACCCCCGUGGGCGUGUGCCCGCUCUCAAGGUCCUGGUGGCGAACGUCGUAGACGGCAUGUUUCCAGAGAAGCCAGUCAGUGAGUCCACAACAGUGAGUCCAGGCAACUGCUUAUCAAGCAGAAAAAAAGACCUGGAUAUCCCGAUACCUCUGGCGGUGCCAGAAGAUCUCUCACCCAUGCUGACCCCAGACAUAGAUAGGCUGGUACAAUCCGCGAGGGAGCUCUACCUGGACCAAGCGUCCAGUGUCCUACGCACUGUUGAAGAAUGCUCGGAUUCCGAGAGCUUGGUGAGCACGACGGGCACUCUGGACGACCAUCAAAUUGAUUGCUUGCUACUGGACAGGGUGCUUGAACUGGACUACCAAGACGUGCUGAAUUCUUGUAGAGACCCGAGCUCGUAACUGACGCCGUUAUUUCUUGCACGGGGUGAAUAUUGCAGUACUUAUACUUGACAACCACGUAGGAGAAGUAGGUAUAUAAUGCAUUCAAGUCACUUCAAACUUGACAGUGUAACAGCAAGUUUUUCUCUGUCUGAGGUGAGUUGAAUGACAUAAUAAAAAUAUGUAAUGAUUGCAUACAAUAUUCACUCUGUAUUGCAAUGUAGAAUAUGCGGGGCCUCCCAACUAACGUGCACAAGGAUAAAAAAAGAAGACACCGCCCUCAACGUGAACGAAACCAAAUAAAUAUUGUUAGUGGUCGUGUAUUUACUUUAUUAUUUAUUUAUAUAGUUAUUUUAUGUGUAAUUAAUUAAUUAGAUAAGACUAGUUAGCUAGCUUUUAAAAUAUUGAUUUAAGGGCUGAGAUGUCAAUUUGAAAGCUUUAGAGUGCCUUGAAGGGACUAUGAAACGAUUUUUUUCUUCGUUUCGUUCGAAAGAAGACAUUUUUCUGAGUCUAGAACCGAAAUUUUACUUUCGUCGCGCGAGCGGAUUUCGCGGGAGCGAAUUUAAACGGAGCGGCGAAGGGAGGACAGCUGGCGCCGCGCCGUGACGAGCUGCCGAGCGGAGACACAACGGGUAACUUGACGCGACCACGGCCGGCUCAGCAACACGUCAUCGUGACGUGUUGCCGAGCCGAGGAAUCCCGCCAGGAGCAUGCGCCGUAGGAUCCCGCGUAUGCGUUCAUCGGGAGUGGAAAUCUCCAUGACAGCAGCUUUCGCGCGAUCGGCAGAUUUCGGCAGUGGCGGCAGCCACAGCGCGAGCUCGCGGCAUUACUUGCCAUUGUGCAACACCGGUGACGUAACGGGGAACCGAAGAGCGGUCCGUACAGUUACACCAUCGGCAGGGAAAUAUGCGCGGGAGAGGAGGAACGCGGAAGAGACAUUUCCAGCGCGCGCUCCUCGCAGAGUGGAGCGAUUUCGUACGGAAAAAAUUUGAGUUUCCAUCGAAAAAAAGUAUGGGGGUUCGGGAAAUUUCAUAGUCCCUUUGAGAAACACCUGACUGACAUGUUAACAAGAAGGUUUUCUACUCCACUGGCUUUCUUUUUAGAACAGAAAAAAAACAAAAAAAUGCCACAGAAAGCAUACCUUGCUGGAAACAGGUCGGUUACGUGUUUGUCAAGGCGCGCUACAACUUUCCAGUUCAUAAUGCUGCCCUUAAACCAAUAUUUGAAAAGAUAACUACAAUUACACUUCUCUGUUUGUAAUUAAUUGAUUUCACAAACUAAAAAAUCCUGUUGACUAUGCUAUGAGACAGCUGACAACCAUCAAUUAGUUUUAUUUAUGUAGAGUGUUUUUUUUUUUUGUUUUUUUUUAAAAACAAAUCUUGGUUCAUCCUAGUUGGUAUGCUCCCAUAUUUGUGUAUCAUAGCAUGCUGCUAAGUUAUGAUCUCCGAUGUUCCAAAGCUUUUAUUGAGGACGUAUCUAUAUUACGUUUGUGUCUCGUUUGAGUGCAGUGUCAUCCAGUAUACAAAAAGAUCUCUGGAAGAAACAACUGCAAAGGUCAGAAACUCCGUUUGCAGUAUUACGCCUCAUCCGUUGUACCAGUGUCGGUUGCAUACAGUAUUGUUACAAUGUGUAUAUUAUAAGAGCAUAUGGGCAGCUCUUUCAACAUCAGUAGGCCACAUUAUUGUGACUUAAAUGUGUGGCAUAGUCCUGUGCCCUGCUAACGAGGCCUGUAAGACAUGACCGUAGAGAGACCAUACAGUACAGAGCCACGACACAGUUUCGACUGGUGACAAUACACUGGGUGAUACCGGUGGUACAGUGCUCUGGUAAUGCUUAUUUGCGCAGUAUACCAUAUUUAGUUCCGUAUGAGGUACACAGCUCUUUUCGCAGCUCACAACCUGCUUGGCAUCCUACCGAGACCACUUUCCAUCCAAAGUCUAAUGGUUGUGCAACUACAAAAGCACUGUCCAUUCGUGUUGGACGUACAGCUCCCUUCAACCUUAAUAAUAACAACGGAAAAAUAUGGUCUUGUUCCCAAGCACGAUUUCAGCAACCCUUGGCGACGUGAAGAAACCUUUGUUGAACAAAAUUAUUGCGUUAGUUUAACACCAUAAUUUUGUUCAUUUGACGCUCCACCCGUUCCCCCAGUGUGGCCGUUAUCGCGCUCGGAAACGAUACCAAUUUUUUUUUCCACUGUUAUAAUUAAGGUUGACGGAAGCUGUACAAGGAGCUACGUGUAUAUUGAAAUAGGCGUGCUGCUCUAAUUUUUCACAAAUGUGAUUAGGUAGAGUGAAUAUUUACUAAACAUGGUAAUCUUUUAAAGCACGUUCUAUCUCUACAGCUGGCAUGCGGUGGCAAACGCAUGGAUAAUUGACCAUAGCGAAGUACAAAGAAUGUUCAUUGACUUAAGGAGGUGAUAUAUAUGCUUGAUGCGCAGAGAACCCUAUUUGCUAACGAGGAUGAGCGUCAUGCACAGGUGUUACAUCCAUGAUGGCUAUUGAGGUACAUUAAAACCAACAGAGACAGACGAUAAAUUUGCGAUCCCCUUUUACCUCAUGCCUCACCGCUUUUGACUCUUUGUUGGUGAACUCUUAUAUGGUACCCUUGGUGCUUAUACUAACAGGAUCAUAGUGACACAAUACCCCGUCCAUGAUAAACAGCACGUACUAAAAGAGAUAAUAGUUUGGUCAUCGAAUGCUUCUCCCGCAAAAACACCUGAAGUGGCCUAUUUUAAUCCUCCCAAACCUGCUCUGCAAACGGAAGAUAAAAACGUCCACUUCUUACUGUACAAUGUGGAUUGUAGUGCAGCUGUACGAGACCUCUACGUGUGCUUUCACGGUAUCAUAAUAAUUUUGCAGUUACACAAUUUACAGUAUGUCAACUCCAAAGUGGGACCUAUCACAUUCUUGCCAAAUUCAUGACAACUUACUGUCCUUUUUUCUAUCCAGUAUGACUUGCAUUUCUGUUAAACCUUUCUCACGUUGAAACAUGCUGAAAUUCCACUGUGAUUCUCACACUGACAAGCUAGGAUGUUGCUUGAAAUGAAUGGAGCGCCGGAAAUGAGUGUCAGUGUAGUUCCUUGGUUUUAUGUGUGCUCUGGGGGCGAUAGAGGAGAUUGCUAAGUUUAUUUACGCUGUCUGUUGUAAGUGUGACGACGGAACAACUGCAGCUUCUUCUAGUCAAAAUAAAAAUGCUCCCACUUA